UUAUUCUUAACAUAGCAGUUUUGAUCCAACUGAGGGAUCGUACGGUUGUUUUACAAAAUAAGAAACAGAAUUUAAAGAAAAGAAAGGAAAUAUUGUACUCAAUGAAGUUGUUGUGAAUUGUUGUAACUUGAUACGAUACGACGAUCAAUAGAAUAAUAAAAAAAUAAAAUUUGCAGACAAAUCUAAAACUAAAGAUGAUGUCCUGGAAUGUGGUCCAUUGGUUAUGUGCCGUUGUUUGCCUACAGGUAAUUUUAUUUCAAAUUGCCGAUAGUAAACGCACAUUCGAAGUAGAUUGGGCCAACGAUAGAUUUCUAAAAGAUGGUGAACCUUUCCGUUUUAUAGCGGGUUCAUUUCAUUAUUUCCGCGCACAUCCGGACACUUGGCAACGGAAAUUGCGAACAAUGCGUGCCGGUGGUUUAAAUGCAGUUACAACUUAUGUGGAAUGGUCCUUACAUAACCCCAAAGAGGGUGUUUAUGUCUGGGAUGGUAUUGCCAAUUUGGAACGUUUUAUCAAGUAUGCCAUUGAUGAAGAUUUACUAGUUAUUCUAAGACCUGGUCCAUAUAUUUGUGCUGAACGUGAUUUUGGUGGUUUUCCUUAUUGGCUUUUGACAAAAUAUCCGGGAAUUCAGUUGCGUACGGCCGAUAUAAAUUACCUAUUUGAAGUCCGCUUAUGGUAUGCCCAAUUAAUGGCCAAGAUGACACCUUAUUUGUAUGGAAAUGGUGGACCUAUUAUAAUGGUGCAAGUUGAAAAUGAAUAUGGUUCAUUCUAUGCCUGUGAUAAAAAAUAUCGCACUUGGCUGCGUGAUGAAACAUUGGCACAUGUUAAAGACAAUGCUGUUCUAUUUACCAACGAUGGACCCAGUGUUUUGUAUUGUGGUCAUAUUGAUGGUGUUUUAGCGACAAUGGAUUUUGGGGCUACAAGUAAUGUGACAACUUAUUGGAAUAAAUUAAGGCGUAUACAACCAAGAGGACCAUUGGUAAAUGCUGAAUAUUAUCCCGGUUGGUUGACACAUUGGAGCGAAAAAAUAGCCGAGGUUCCUGUAAAUCCCCUAAAGAAAUCAUUAACUGACAUGUUAGAUGAUGGAGCGAGUGUAAACUUCUACAUGUAUUAUGGCGGCACAAAUUUCGGUUUUACCGCCGGUGCUAAUGAUAUGGGACCUGGACGUUAUCAACCGGAUAUUACUUCCUAUGACUACGAUGCUCCCAUGACUGAAGCCGGAGAUCCCACAACAAAAUAUUUUGCCUUAAGAGAUGUUAUAGCUCGCUAUUUACCUCUUCCGAAAGUACCAGUUCCCGAACCACUGCCUAAAAAGAAAUAUGGUACCAUUAAACUGCAACAAUGUUGUACCUUACUCUCGGCAGAAGCUCGUAAACGUUUAUCUACGGGUAUAGUAACAGCCGAUAAGCCCAAAACAUUUGAGGCUCUUAAUCAAUAUUCAGGUCUAGUACUUUAUGAGACCUUUUUGCCAGCGACCAAACAUGAUCCAGCCAUUUUGCAUGUGCCCGGUUUACAUGAUCGUGCCUACGUUUAUGUAGAUGAUGAAUUUGUGGGUAUUUUAUCGCGUGAGAUUCCCGUCUACGAUUUACCCAUAUCAAUAAGUGCUGGUAAAAAGUUGCAAUUGUUUGUGGAAAAUCAGGGACGCAUUAAUUAUGGUCCCAUAAUUGAUUUUAAGGGCAUUAUUUCUGACGUUAUGUUCGAUAAUAAGGUUUUGAAAAAUUGGAACAUGACCAAAUAUCCUCUAGAAUCAUAUGAAGAUAUUGAGACAUUAAUCGAAAAGCAGGGUUCUAAACUGAACGAAAUUGAUUCAGUUAAUAUGUUACAAAAUGGUCCUACUAUUUUCUAUGGUUCCUUCCAAAUAAGAGAUUUAAAACCGUACGACACUUAUGUGGACACCACGGGCUGGAGCAAAGGGUUACUAUUUGUGAAUGGUGAAAACUUGGGUCGCUAUUGGCCGGUGGUUGGUCCGCAAAUAACCUUAUAUGUGCCGGCAGAAGUACUUAAGGUUGGUGUUAAUAAUAUUGUACUUAUUGAAUAUCAACGUGCCUCCUCGUCGAGUGAGAUAACAUUUACGGAUGAACCAAAUUUUGGCAGCUCAAAGAAAUAUUGAAUUUAGUUUUGGUUAAGAUUACUUUUUUAUUUAAGGAAAUUAAUUUUAUAAUUAUAAUUAAUGUUAAAAGUCUUUUUUAUUUUAUAAUAUUUAGUAUUAAUAAAAAAACAUAAAAAA